UCGACGAUACAGACUCGUAUUGGGUCGCAUUGUAAUUAAAGGGUACUUGAGUUUCAAAAAUCCGGGAUUUGAAAUCGUGACAUCGAGGUCGUUGUUUACUUCUUAAAUGAAAGUCUAAUUCAACCUUAAUGUGUAUGGACUGUUAGGUUGCCGUAUAAACCUUGAUGAGGAAGAAUAAUAAAUAGCAAAACUAUUUUUACGUUUUAGAAUGGAAUCUGUUCAAAAGAAAUCGUUUAACGUCUUCAAUCUUAUUGAAGGCACAGAAUCUGCUACAAUGAAGGGGAUCUCUUCAUGUCGAUUGCUGUUGAUUGUGUCCACUGUAUUUGUGGUUAUUGUGCUCGGCAUGACGGCAGGAUUAAUUUUUGUUGCAACAAACAAAGGUACAUCAGAGGAAGUAACCAAUCAAAAUGAAGGAGCAACGAAAGAGUGCAAGUGCAACUAUUCGACAACUUCUCCUUCGACACACACAUGUCCUCCACAAAGAGAAUGCAUCACCACGUGUCCCAAAACAACAUGCCCUACAAUGUCAACAUUGGUCCCCGUUGCUGCAUGUCCAGAUGGUUGGAUGCCCUAUUCCGGUUCAUGUUACUAUUUCGGAAAAACUGGAGGUUCUUUUACAGAAGCAAGGCAUUACUGUUCACAAAGAGAAGCGUACGUGGUGUAUAUCAGUGAUGUCAAUGAAGAUUUGUUCAUUAAAGACCAGCUUCUGGAAAGAACAGGUCGUAGGUGGUGGGUAGGGAUCACAGACGAACACAUAGAGGGCGUAUGGAAAAGCGUGAACAAUGUGGAACCAGAAACGGAAUACAGAGGUUGGUCCUCUGGAGAACCUAAUGACCUCAGGGGCGAAGAUUGCGUGACAUUAGUGUCCACGAAUAAUUUUCAGUGGAAUGAUGACGAUUGCCAAACCACUCAUUUUCCAAUUUGUGAAAAAAGACAGAACAACACAACAUAGUAUUCAUCACUUGCCAAAGCUUAUAACACACAGUAAAUUCAAAAGGUCAUUAAUUAAAAAGAUAUAUGACGCUUUACCUGAAAAAAGAAUGAAACGAUCUAACUAUGUCAAUUUAGAAAAUAAAUCUUCUCACUGACAGUGAAUCAUGGCGCUUUAUUAGUUAACUGUUAGACCAACCGUUAUGUAGGAUGGGCCAGCUUAACCACAGUGAGGACGAAUACUAUGCUGUUUCUUUAUGUUGCAUAGGGUUUUAACAACUUAUAGCUAAAUGGUUGAGGAUUAUUGCUCAAUUUUAAAACAUGCUGUAUGGAUUUGUUGUGUUUGAAUUUUAAUUGCUCCUUUAUAAAUAACUUACUUUUUAAAUUGACGUACCUAAAUUCUGGGUUUGAACAACUUAUAGCUACAUGGUUAAGGAUUAUUUAUCGAUUUAAAAUAUUGUUGUAUGGUAUUUGUUGAUAAAAGUAAGUAAAAUGACUGUCAACAAAGUUUUAAAGAAAUAAUCGUUGCCAACAUGAAACAAGUAAGUGAAUCUCUUCUAGGCAUUUCUUUUACUAUGUUUCAUUUCUUGAACGAUGUAAUUGACUUGUUCAUCAUACGAGUUGUUAUACGUUUGUGUGUUCCUGUUGACAUAUGUGUGUCUGCUUUUAAAUGCCAAUCAGCGUUCGACAUUCAACUUGUAAGUUCUUUCUGAAUUUAUAUUUUAUGAAUUUUAUUCAUUUGAUUGAUAUUAAUGCUGUAUUUCAGUGUCGUUUUUUAUUUUGCGAGUGUCAUAAAAAGCACAUAUUUUUACUAGACGCGAAGCCACGAGUGUAAAAUUCGUUUUUCUAUAAUAAAAAAGAUGAUCUUACACAUAAAUCAACAAAUGUUGUAUUUUUGUGAUAUUGUUAGACAUGUAUACUUAUUUUAAUUUAGUUUCUUAAAUAUAUCAUUUUAGUACACUCCAUUACCACCCGGCUACCCCGGGGAUGCCCCUCAUAUACAUUUUCUCCCACUUCAGAUAAGUAGAUCCAUGAAUUGAUCUGGAAAUCCUUAUCUUGCCCACGGGCAAUGAUAAAAAAGUACCCGUAUGGAACUCCUUUUUUAUUGUCAUCGGACAAUAAGCUCCAUUGUUGAAGACAGUCGUCUGUAGCAUCAUGGACACCUUGUCAUGUGGCAAUAUUUAAAAUCUAAGUUAAUUAUUUCUCGUUUCAAAUGGCACCAACAAAACAUUUUCACGCUGCAUUCAAUAAACAAUGCUUCGCCCUAUCAGAAAGAAUGAUCAAAAAUAUAUACUCAAAUUAUUUUCACUACGCACAAAAGAGUUCCAGCUCAAGUAUACAUUUUAACUUUAUUUUGUUUAAAUGAGGUGGGAGAAAAAGCAUCUUCCUUAGCCGAAUGAUGUUAUGUGAAAGCAAAUGUUCGAGCUUUCAGCUUCUAAAACAGCUUAACGUUACAAGUUAGACAGUAAAGUAUCUAUAUUCCAAAGUGAUAUCUUGAAUUAAAGUGAUGCAAUCCUAAUUUAAUACAUAUUUAUUUUUCCUGACAAAAUUUACUGUUUGACAAUCGAGAACAGUUGAUUUUAAAGUUUUUUACUGUUUGGUUUGCAGGCAAAUUAUCAAAUUGAUGUUUUUGUGCUGUGAUUUUCCCAAAAUCCAAGUAAGAAAUGUGUUUUUAUGUAACUAGCAUUAGUUUAAAAUCCUUUUAUUGUAUACAAUUUGUAACAUUUAAUUCAAUGGAUAUUGAACGUCUUCGGCAUAUUUGAUCAUUGGUUGGGUUCAUAGAAAACCAAAAUCAUUGGUUAAUUGUUCUUUAUGUAUUAUGCAAACUUUACACAAGCCUGUACCGGUUUAUAGAACCUUGACUGUUAAUAUACAAAUAUAAAUCAAGUGGUGUCCAAACACAAAUAAAAGAAUUAAAGGCUGGAUUGCAAGUCAUCAAAAGCUGAUUAACAUUCAUGUAAAUUAGUAUCAUUAUGGGUAACAUUCCUUUGGAGAUACUCGCGUCAUAAGAUAACCGAGUACCAAUAAAUUCAAGUGCUUAAACAGUUUGUUAGCAUGGCAAAAUGAAAUUCAUUUCAACGUAUUAUCUGGUACAUGUGUUUUCGAUGGUUAUUUUUAUUUUUUGUGCUUAUAAUUAUUUUACUGAACAUAAUACUACCCGUGUCGGAACCUAACAUUUGCCUAUAGAUAGUUUUUACUUAAGAUAAAGUACAUCAAUGAUCAAAUAUCAAGUUUUCGAGCUACUGAAAGCACAUCGUUUCUCUCUAUAAGUAAAGUUUUAAAUGCUGUUGAAAUAAUCACUGGCUGUUAUCUGAUGUUUAUGUUAAUGAAUACAAUUUGCUUUCGUGGGACAUUGCUUCACGCCAUCCUUUUGUAGUUAUCGAUUCGAAUUACGAAUUUUAUCUGUCAUGAAAUAAAUUUCACAUCAACCUUUUGUUAACGUUUUAUUUCAAAAGAAAAUUUGCUAUGCAUUUGUGCUUUUGUGUCAUAAAAUGUAAACUAACUGG